AUGGCCACUAUCCCUCCUCAGGCGAGGUCCAAACAGCUCCGGGCAUGCUUACUAUGUUCUAUCAUUCAACACCCCAUGGAUUUUCGGAAGAACGGUUGUCCAAAUUGCGAAGAGCUUAUGCAGAUGAAAGGUUCUCCUGACCGCAUAAGUGUUUGCACCACCACCUACUUUGACGGUAUUAUUGCUGUCAUUGACACUGAAGCUAGUUGGGUUGCACGAUGGCAAAGAACAUCAAAGUACGUUCGGGGAAUGUAUGCUGUCCGCGUGAAAGGUCGUAUUCCGGAAGAUGUAGAAGCUGAACUUGAGUCCCGUGGCAUCAAGUACCGUCCAAGAGACCAGAGUGAUCAGGAUUAG